AUGGUCUUCAUGUCCCGACCCUUUGACUAUAUUGGAGAAUUGUCCACUACCGGAGAUGUGACAGUAAUCCACGACAAAUCAGUAGUUCUUCCUGCAUCAAGUCAGUGCAGUGGGUGGUGUUCCAAAUGUCGUCAAUGUAAACCGCGGGGGAAAUCAGACGACCAGAAGCUGUAUCUGCAGGGCGAUAUUCUAAUCAGUGGAGUCUUCCCAAUCCACCAGCGAGGUCUCACAUCCUUUAAGUGCGGCUUUGUGUCGGGAAUGCUCGGCUCUGAUCGAGCCGUGGAAGCAUUCAUGUAUGCCAUAGAAUCAUCACAGUCCCGCUAUCCAUACCUGCUUCCAUCCGUCAAUGUUGGCGGCCUGGUGUUCGAUUCCUGUUCUGAUACUAGUCACGCCGUACAGUCCAUUGGCAACUUCGAAUCCUGUUCCACCUCAUUAUCAAACUCUGAAUUGUGGGCACCGGAUCCAAGCAGCAAUAUGGGCUACGUGCUUGAUGGCGGUGAAGGGGUAAACCAAUAUGUCUGGAGAGCUAUUAGGCACAUUGGAAAAAUCGUCCUGGCAACAGAUGCAGAUGGAGAUGAACUGCCUACUCUUAAUGAAGAGGCUGCCGGUGAAUUAGAAGCAAUAUCUUCUGUCCUCUUUCACUUGAACUGGACAGAUAUAAUCAUCCUGGCCACAAAUUCGACAAGGCAUGUUCAGUUAGUGCACUCAUUAUUCGUAAUUGCGGCUCGUAGCAACAUUUGUGUUUUGAAAACAAUCUAUUUCGAACAUUAUAAUACAAGCUCUCUUAAUACCAUUGCACGGGAGUUAAAUAGUUCACCAAAAAUGGCCGUUGUCGUCCUUGCCCAUAAAACAGACACUCUGAAGUUGUUUCAACACAAUGGUAUCAUUCGUUUUCCGCGACCUUGGCUAGUGAGUGUGACCAGUGACGACUGGAGAUCUACAUCUGAUGUACACUUUCCUUAUGGAUCCAUUCUCUUGGACAAGAAAGGCAAAUUCAGUAAACAUUUUGAAGAGUUCUCGCUCGCCUUUAAAAUAACUGACAGUGGUCUCAAUCCGUGGUGGCAGCAUUACUGGCAGGAGCGGUUCCAGUGCAAGUUGCCAGGGGUGAACUCUAAGUAUGAUGCAAGUUGUCCAAAUGCUUAUGAUUCUCGGGAUGAGCCUUCAACAGUUGCUGCAAAGAUAAUUAAAGGAGUGGACCUCAUCUUGCACUCUAUCCAUGACCGAUAUAUGGAAUUGUGUCCCAGUAUCAUGGGGUUAUGUGCCAGGUUUCUAAACGAGGGCGUGCCCGCAUUGCCCUCAGUUAUAAAAAGUGUUAGGUUUGAGUUUGAGCAAGAAACUGUCCGGUUUGCAGGUUCUAACAGGCUUGAUGCUUCGUAUGUUAUAAAGAGUCACCAACCACGCGGUACAGUUAAGAUAGGAGAAUGGCAUGAUUUUCAUCUGCAACUGGACUUUAACAAGUUGAGGUUUUACGACAACAACGGGGACGUGUUGCCAUCAACGCUGUAUUCCCAAUGCUACGAAGACUGCAUGUGUCUCAACAUCAAGACAACACCGCCAACCACUGAACCAGCAGUAGAAGUACUCGACCCUGCCCACUUCUCCAACUCGUCAGGACAGUUCAACGGUGUCCUGUGGGCAACCGUCAUCCUGGCUAUAGCAGCAUCGGGGGCAUUCAUCUCGUUUGUGCUCAUGCUAUACGUCCUCUACAAAGUCUGCUCUGGAGCUCUCGCCAAACGGCACGUGUGGCUGGGAUUUAUGCUCCUGGCUGGCGUCAUGUUGCUGUAUCUGUCUGUGAUCCCCUUCACGUUCACCCCAUCGGAAGGAGUCUGCGGGUUGAGGUAUUUCGCACCAGGCUUCAGCUACGCCCUGUGUUUCGCGUCUAUACUUGUGAAGCUGACUUCCCUGAGAGAUUAUCGAUUAAUCGGCCUUGGAGGCGAGGUCUCAAAUCUCAAUCAGAUGCUGUCGGUGCUGUUCGUGAGUGGGGUGCAGAUCGCCGUGGGUGUCCAGUACUGGGUUCAGAACAAGCCCAUGCUCCUCACUCGAUCCAUCGGCUUAGACGCCAUGUUCGCGUGCUCCUUCGAGAAGAAGGAGUUCGUAGUGUACCUCGUUUACAUCAUGAUUCUCAUAGUGACGUGCUCCUUGUACGGUAUUGGCGUUCGCAACGAACGCAAGAAUAUGGGAGAGGCCAAGCUGCUGCUCACGUGUAGCUGGCUGUGCGUGGUGGUGUGGGUGGCGUGGCUCAUCGUGGUCUUCGUGUUGAGUAGCCAGUACACUGAUGCGUCCAUAUGCAUCGCCAUCCUGGCCUGUGCCACGCUGAUGCUUGUGGGUAUUUUUAUUCCCAAGAUCCACCUCGUGUCGAGACUCAAGUACGAUGUGUCCAAGCACGCAUCGGGCAAUGCGAGCAAUGGUUACAAGGUGGACCCAGAUUUCUUCUUCGAAAGACCUUACUCUUUACCUGGGACAAUGACCAGCACGUACUCUUCUGUGAAGACCUUCCCAAAGAGCAUCACCAAUUUUGACUCUUCCAUGAGCUAUUAAAUUAGCUUUCCUGUAUAUUUUAAAUUAUUAUUGUUAUUGAAUAAUCAUAUUUUGGGUGUUUCUGAUAUAUUUAACGUUAGUUUGACAAUGAUUUGCUAUUCCAUAACUUUGAUAUACCGGUAUUGUAUUUUGAUGUUGAUAAUUCAUGGCACUAUUUUCUAUCCCAGUGUGUUUAUGAAGUUGAAGGAUAAGUACAUCUUUGCAUUGUUUUCCUAAUCAACUGAAGACUUUGGAAAUUAAUAAAAUAUUGGGCAAAAUGUACGAAGCCUGUUUAUCUGAAACGCAGGUGUUUAAGCGUUGUAAAAGCAUAUAGUUAGACAGUUGUAAGUCAAAAACAAGCUUUGUAAUGUCACAUGCUAUUUUGUUUUAAUUCGGCCCAUUGUUUUUGGCUUAGUAAUGACAUACAGUAAUGCAAUCCCAUCGAUUUGAAAUAUAUAAAAUGCAGUUUCUGUCAUAUCUACUUUCCACUGAGCAAAGUCUUCCAAUACAGGGCUUGCCCCCUGACAAUUUCACUGUGAGUCUUUUGUAAAAUUGGCAGCCCUAUAGUUUAGGUAUAAGAAUAAACAAAAAUCGUGAUUCCUACUGAAAGAAAACAUUUUCCUAAUGGGCACCACACAUUUGUAGCAAGAAUUGUGCAGAAUGUAAUAUUUUACCUACCCCUGUCUGAAUAUACUCAAAACUAAAUGAGACUUCUUUUAUUUCGGGUAUUUUUCAUACUGAGCGGUAAUUACACUGAUUAUUUCUGUCUUUUUUCCCUUCUUUUCAUCUUUUUGUACAUGAUAUACUUCAGCAUAAUACUGUUAAAUUUAUUUUAUUUUGAUGUACAAAAGAACAAUCCAAAGGUCGCCGUUUGUUAAAGUUAAAAGAUCCCCAAGAAACGAAAAAAUAAUUUAACAAUCAGAAGAGGUGGUUUCAUUGUAUGUAGACCAUAACUGUAUAAAUAUAAUAUAAUUUACACAUGUAUGUACCGAUGUUGUUGAUCAAAAUAGCAAUUGUCACACAUUACGCUCCGAGUUUAUGAAGCCUGUUUUUCUUAAACGCGGGUGUUUGAGCAUUGUAGAUGUACCGUACGCAUUUACACGCGUGUAAGUCUAACACAUAUUUUGUAAAUUCGGCCUGUAACGUGUCUAUAAGUAUACUAUUACUUGUGCUGUGAGUUUGUAUGUGUGUAUGAAUGCGUGAGUGCGAUUGCGAUUUGUACAUAGUAAGGCGCCAUUCAAACAUUACACCAUAUUGUUAUAUAAUUUCGGAAGAUGAAGUUGUACAACGUAAAAGCUGAUAUUUAGUGUAGGCCUAGUAAUUUAAAUAUGUUGUAAUAUCAAGCGAAUCAUCUUAAUUAUUUCCGGUGGUAAAUAAAUGCUUAGAUUUUCACACUGGCAGAUCUCCUGAUACUUUUUGCACCAGUAAAUAGCCAUUGAAGCGAUAUACUCACCCCGGUUGUGUUAUGUAAAUAUUUUUCAUUCUUGGCAUCACAGACAUAUACACUGUUAAAGGCAUCCUAUGUAAUGUUUGAAUGGAUCCUAAUGUUUGAGACUGUUCAGUCUACUAAUUCCACUUUCCGACUGAUGUUAUAAUAUAUUUUCCUUAUUUGUUUAAUGUACCUAAGGUUAAAGCACGCUAUCCUAGGGUCGCAACCCUCCUUUCUGGAUUGGGUGCCCGGGACAAACAUCAACGGUCUGUGAUGAGAGGAAACUGACUGCUGUGACCGUAAGACACUGAUUAGGCACAAAGACUUUUUUUUAUAUAUUCACGGAAAGAAGUUCCUGUGCAUCAUUAAAAUAUCAAUGAGAUUUAUAUUUUUAAAAUUUAAACAUAUUGUGUUCUACAUAGAUGUACUAUUUAUCUGUUAAUAGUACAGUGAUCCUCUCCUGCCUUCUGAACCUGAAGUAUGGUCUACACAAUGCUUAGUGCGCCGUCGGUGACGAUGUAACAGAACAAUGUAUUGAUGUACGGUCAUGGUCAUACUUUGUGAUCACCUAAUCGGUUGCGUACAUUUCUUCCACUGAUUGGUCUUAACUCAGGGAUGUAUUGGGAUGCUAAACUUGUCAUUUCGAAAUGAUUUCACAUGUCUACCCGCUUGAUAUUGACGAUUUGUUAACGUGACGUCACCUGUCGACUCCCUAAACAUGGAAGAUCCCUAGUAUUCCUAAACUGUCGAGAACAUCUCCGCAGACACUGCAUAGUGUUCUUAUGAACACCAAUGAACACCAAAAUGACUAGCAACAUAGUUUGUGCCAUUCUAACUGCAAUCAUGCCCAUCUUUCGAAAAAGUUAAUUUUCUUGGAGUCCAAUGAUAAGAAAAAUGAUGUCAAACAGGAGCACGUGACCAAGAAUGCUGAUAAUGCAACUUAUGAUCAUAAAGCAUGAAUAGCUCGUGCAAUUGAUUGGGCACUGCUGGGAUAUGGAAGGAAGUGGUUACACGUUUAUUUACUGAAUUUUUUAUGACAAGAUUUCAAAUAAAUUAUACUCUCUAUGCAAUUAUUUGGUGCACAGGAACUUUUUUCCGCGAGUAUAUAUGGCCGGCCUAACGAAUAUAGGUUGUAUAUACAAUUCUGGCGCGAAGUGGCAGUUUGGCUUACUGGAAUCUAUACAUGAUGAUGCAUGCUAUAAAGCGUUUGUACAGUGUGAUAUAUUAUCGUGCCCUUUCCAUAAAAUAUCAAUUCACUAUUCCGCUACAUUUUGGCUACUAUAUUUGCAUUUGUCAUUUUAAAUGAAAUAUAAAUUAAAAUACAAACUUAUUUUCACUAAUCUUCUCUUUUUGUAAACAUAAUGUCAAAUCCAUAAUCUAAAUUAUGUUCUUAUUACAAUGAACGUUAUAUAUUAAAACAUGGUGGUUAAACUUCUAAAAUGUUUCCCCGAGUCUUUUUUUAUGGUAUAUUCUAGUCUUGACGUUGUGCUGUUAUAAAAAAAUUAGCCCCAUUUUUGGUCCUGAAAGUAGCAGCAAGUUUAGAUACAACUUUUUUGUAUCAACAGGCAGACAAUUUGCACCUUUCACCAGACAGGACAGUACAAGACAUGUUAAAAAUAUUAACUAAGAACUGGUAACAUCUGCAGCAGUCUGUUCUCAUACAGACUACCUAUCCGGGUGUUGAGGUUCAUAUAGACUGGAUGCGGCGCGUGCGUGCGGCUAAAAACAAAUCGAAAUAUAUUAGUUUCAGUGAGAGCGUCUAGACAGGAUGCAAAACGCAUGCGGCCAGCCGGAUUGAAAUGGUCGUAUGUAGUGUAUAUGCCCAAAACGCAUGCGGCCAGCCGGAUUGAAAUGGUCGUAUGUAGUGUAUAUGCCCAAAACGCAUGCGGCCAGCUGCAAUAAAAUAAUGGUAUAUGGUUUAUAUGUCCAAAACACAAGCCGCAGACGCAUUAGACGCGACAGUUGGACCGCACGCACGCGCCGCAUCCAGUCUACAUGAGACUUAAGCCGAGUAUAACGAUUCUUAAGUUCGGCCAGACUGAGAACAACUUUGAGCAUGGACAUGGCAUAUCCACUGUCUAUCUGAUAAAACUAAUAUUAUUCAUGGAUAUUCUGGCAUGCAAAGCGGUUCAUUGAAUCAUUGUAUUUUACUAACAUUGUAUUAUUCGUUUUAUUAAAUUAUAUGAAAAAUU